GGCCCUGCCGCCAGGAGCGGGGUGACUCAGGGAGCGGAUGCUUCGCUGAGAAGACACUUCCAGUCAGUUGCGAAGAUUCCCCUUUGUUCCCCCAAGAUGCUUCGGGGUCCGUGUCCCAUCCAGCGCCUGCUGCUCCUGGGCUUUCUGAUGCUGUUUGCCACGCUGGUGCUGAAAUAUUCCUCCUGGGAAUGCAGCUUCAGCGACCUGGGCAAAGACGCGCUGCAUCUCAAAAGCCAGCGCUGCAAGGACCAGCUCUACCGGGCGCUCAAGCUGCCCCCCAGGGGCCAGAUCAACUGCUCCCGGAUCGUCAGGGGGGACGCGGAGGCGGUGCAGGCGGUUCUUUUGAGCAGGCUGGAGAAGACACGCCGGCCAGAGCCGCUCGGCCCCCGGGAUUACCUGAACCUGACUCAGGACUGCGCGCUCUUCAAAGCCGGGCGGAGGUUUCUCGGGUCCCCCCUGAGCCAGGAGGAGGAGGAUUUCCCGAUCGCCUACUCCAUGGUGGUGCACGACAAGGUCGAGAUGUUCGAGAGGCUGCUGCGCUCCAUCUACGCGCCCCAGAACAUCUACUGCGUCCACGUGGACCUCAAGUCCCCCGACGAGUUCAGGGAGGCCGUGCGGCGCAUCGCCUCCUGCUUCCACAACGUCUUUUUGGCCAGCAGGACGGAGCGAGUGGUGUACGCGUCCUGGGCCAGGGUGCAGGCGGACCUGAACUGCAUGGAGGAGCUGCUCCGGAGCCCCGUGCCCUGGCGCUACCUCCUCAACACCUGCGGCACCGACUUCCCCCUCAAGACCAACGCCGAGAUCGUGCGGACCCUCAAGUUUCUCAACGGGAAAAAUAACAUGGAGUCGGAGAAACCCUCGUCCGUCAAGAGGGCGCGCUGGAAAUACAGCCACCGCGUGGGGGACUCGGUGGUGCGCACCGACAGGGAGAAGGGCCCCCCGCCCCACGGCGCCCCCAUGUUCACGGGCAGCGCCUACGUGGUGGUCACCAGGGGCUUUGUGCGAGCCCUCUUUGAAAACCCCGCGGCGCAGCAGCUGCCCGACGAGCACGUGUGGGCCACCCUGCACCGCAUGCCGGGCAUGCCGGGCUCCGUCCCCUACAACGACAAGUAUGAGGUGUCCGAUGUCAACGCCGUGGCCAGACUGGUGAAGUGGGAAUACCUGGAGGGGGAUGUCAGCAGGGGGGCACCCUACCCGCCCUGCACGGGGGCCCACCGGCGCGCCGUCUGUGUGUACGGGGUGGGGGACCUCCACUGGAUGCUGCAGACCCAUCACCUGCUCGCCAACAAGUUUGACCCCAGUGUCGAUGACAGCGCAAUCCAGUGCCUGGAGGAGCAUCUGCGGCACAAGGCCCUGUAUGGAGAGGGGCUGUGAGGACGCAAGACCAGAGAGCCUGGCUCUACAGGGGAGCUUGCCUCCGCGUACAGGACUCGUCCCGGAGACUAGCCACAGGAGUUUUUCUAUGGUAAAAAAAAAUCUUGACUACAGGGAAGCCUCUUCGAGAGAGUCCGGGCAACUCCCUAGACUCUGCUCCAGCCAGAGCAGAAAGCCCCCUGUGAGUGAGUCCUCUCCUUAGCAUGGUUGCUUUGGCCUUUUCAUUUGAAAGCAAGGGAAAGGAAUGUGCUAAUCAGGUGCAAAGUCUCCAGAAGUUGCUUCCUCCGUGGCAGUCUGGAAACAUCACUCUUCUGUGGUUUACCCAGGCCCCUAGAAAAUAAGGAGACUGCCACUGUAGAGCAGGAAAGAAGCUUUCACCUGGUAUCCAGCCGCAUUCAUUGUCUUGUUAAAGUUUUUCUUCUGGGGGAACUGCCUUAUUCUCACUACGAGGUUGGUGUACAUCAUACUUAGGAUCUGCUUAUUCUCAAAUCCAAGCUGCAGGUAGUUAGCACUCCCUACCGCAGUGGUCUCCAAUAUGGUGCCCACGGGCGCCAUGGUGCCCGCCGGGGCAUUUAUGUGUGCCCACCUAUUGAUCAGGGCCAGCCUGAGUCAUUCUUGUGCCUCGGACGCCUAGCACCUGCACAGCCCCGGGCGCCAGGCAGCCCCAAAAGGUUGGGGACCAUUGCCCUACCAGGACAUGCUGGCUAGAGGGAGGAUUUUUACAGAAAAUGUUAACUGUAGAAACCUGUGGCUUUAAAUGAUGCUGUUUGGACUCAUACAGGUAUGUAAUAGGAACAGCAAUUCAGGAGUAUUCAGACUUUCUCUGAUAAAGGGAUUGAUGUGGAAUCUGUACAUAAGUAUCAUUUUCAAAUUGGUUAAAAUGGUUGGCCACCCGUUUUGGGGAAAGAGCCCUAUAUUUUUUUAAAAAGUCACAAAAAAUUGCAACUUUUUUUCUGCUUCGUAGUGAAUGCUUGGAAGAACUAGUGAUAGAAAUGUAGCCGUGUUAGUCUGGGGUAGCUGAAGCAAAAUGCAGGACAAUGUAGCACUUUAAAGACUAACAAGAUGGUUUAUUAGAUGAUGAGCUUUCAUGGGGCAGACCCACUUCCUCAGAUCUGUAUACAUGAUUUCCUGGUACAUCUGGAUGCAGUAGUGGCCCAAAAGAUAAAAUCUCUUGGGGAAUAUUAUAAGCUUUAUCAUUGUUUGAACCAAGCAUUUUCAUUUUGGUUAAAAAGCACAGAUCCAGACAGAAAAUGUACUGUAAGUCCACAUUUUAUUCUUGCUUCCAUUUAACUUCUACUUUGUUUCCCUCUCUUUUCAUUCUGUUUUACUAAUGUUUUGUAUACAUAUCCAUUUCAAGGUUUCCUUGUAUUUCUUUUUGCAGUGUUAUCCACAAUUAUAUGCCUUGUGUGAUUGCAUAAACUAGUUUCUCUUAUCCUGGUUCUGCCUUGUCAGUUGCUUAUAUUUAGAAAUAAGAGGUGGACAAGCAAAUGUAAACUAUUGCAAAAGUUUCCCCCUUCUAUAGAUUAUAAAGAAAACCAGAGUGGAAUCCAGGUUCAAAGAAUUCAGACUGGUUCCUAUAAGAGCACAAGCUACUUCAUAUACUUCACUUUCUUUGCCUCAACUGUAUGCCAGAGGUGGCUUUUCACAUCCUUUCUUGCUAACUCAUUUGUAUUGACCCCAGCUGUGCCUUUUACUACCUCAACUAGUUUGGCUAAUUUAUUUAAAUUUAAAUAAUUGAGUUUUAUUUUAUUGUAUGUAAUUGUAUUUCUUGGAGUAAAAAACCCAAUAAAAAUAUAAAACCUGUGUUCCUUGAGUAUUUUAUGACAUAAAAGUUGAGAAUACAUAAGUCCGGGAGAAUGGAGAUUCUGAUUUUACUCACCUUCUGCAUGACCAAAGCCAUUUAACGUCUGUGCCUCAGUUUCUUUGUCUGCAAAACUGGGACAAUAAACCUUAACUCUAGUGAUAUUGUGAGGCUAAGUUCAGUGAGAUGCUUCGAUAAAAAGAGCCAUAAGUGAAAAUUAUUGUUACAAAUAACCCUGUGAUCCAGUCAGA